AUGGCUUUCUCCUUAUGCUUGGAAUUAAAGACCCAGCUCCUUAUCAGCCUGACCUGCAAAGAGACCUCAUGGGGCCUGGCCUUCACUCACCUCUUUCUCUCUCUCUUCGAAUCUGGAUUUCAGGGCUUCCCUGGUGGCUUGGACGGUUACGAGGCUGCCUGCAGUGUGGGAGACCUGGGUUCCAUCACCGGGUUGGGAAAAUCCCCUGGAGAAGGAAAUGGCAACUCACUCCAGUAUCGUUGCCUGGAAACGUCCAUGGAGCGAGGAGUCUGGCGGGCUACAGUCCAUGGGGUCAUAAACAGUCAGACACAACUGGGUGACUUCACUUUCUUUCUUAGUGGCAGAACGCUCCAUCUUUGA